AUGCCUGUCUACGAGCCAGGAACCUCGCAGCCGUACGCGCAGACGAACUACCCGCCGUACGGGGGAGAUGGCGGGUACGGUGGGGACGUGAAGAACCCGUACGAAGGAGACAGGUUCAAGCCGAAGAAGAGGAUUAAUGACCCGAUUUUCUUGAUUCUGUUUGUUGCGCAGUUUGCAGGCUUUGUGGUAGUUUCGGCUCUUGCGAUUUCAGAAUGGGUCAAGUCGGGGGGACUGGGAGGAGGCCUUGGGAGUGGUUCGACGGGGACUGGUGUCACCCUUGACUAUCAUACUGUCUACCUUCUACUUCUUGUUACAGCAGCAGGCCUCCUGCUGGCUACAAUCUAUCUGAUGCUGUGUCGAGCAUUCACGAGACUUAUCAUGCACAUAACUUUAAUACUAUCCAUCCUCUUAAAUAUCGGAAUAUGCAUAUAUUAUUGGAUCACGAAGUACUACUCUGGAGCCAUUAUCUUCACCAUAAUCGCGCUCUUCUCUAUUCUAGCGUAUUUCGGGUACCGUGCCCGAAUCCCACUGGCGUCCUUACUGCUACAAGUCGUCAUGGACGUGUCGAAACACCAUCCGAGCGUGUACUUCGUGGCUUUUGCUGCUCUCAUAAUCCAGGCGGGGUUGAGCGUCUGGUUCACUUUCACGGCUAUCGCAACGUACGCGAAGUGGACGCCGGGCAACCCGACUUGCGGGAAUGGCAGCUCCUGUUCCUCAGGGAAAGUUGCAGGCUUGAUCUUCUUCGAGACAUUCUCGUACCUAUGGACGUCACAAGUCAUCGGUAACGUCGCGCUAGCCACUCUAGCUGGAGGGCCGUACGGAUGCUGGUACUACUUCGGCCCGCGGGAACAAGGCCAAAUGCCCAGACAUCCCACCACGUCAGCCUUCGUCCGCGCCUCCACCCUAUCCCUCGGCUCGAUCGCCUUCGGUUCCCUGAUCGUCACGCUGCUGGACAUCCUCCGCCUGCUCUUCCAGGCUAUCCGGAACAACGCCGCUGAUGACGGGAAUCCCGCCGCUGCGAUUUUGGCGUGCUGUGCCGAGUGCUUCGUCGCAUGUAUCGAAGGGUUUGUUCAGUACUUCAACCGCUAUGCAUACAUCGAGAUUGCUUUGUAUGGGAAGCCAUAUAUCGACGCUGCAAAGGAUACGUGGCGGCUCUUCCAGGAUAGAGGUAUCGACGCGCUGGUCAACGACCAACUCGUCGGGAUGACUUUGGCCUGGGGAGCAUACGCUGUCGGGAUGCUCUCGUCCCUCUUUGCAUACCUAUAUCUCCGAUAUACACACCCAUCGUACAACUCUGACGGCCAGUACACCGCUCCUGUGAUAUUCUUUGCGUUCGUAAUCGGGGCUCAAUGCCUUAUGACCCUUUCAUCCGCCAUCGAAGCCGGCGUAUCCACGAUUUUCGUCGGUCUUGGAGAGGACCCACAGGUACUGCAGUACAGGGCGCCGGAGCUCUUCGGGCUCAUUGCCAGCACGUAUCCUCAAGUGGUCCAAGGUGUUCCCCGUGUUUAA